AUAUAUUGCUUGGGCCAAUCAAAUAGCCCAAUUGUCGUUACAGAUAAUCGAGACCCUUUUCGCCAAAAGCAACGCCUGCCUAUCUUCUCCCUCACCUCUAUGACCCAAUCUCAACAUAUUCAUCUUUUAGCUAAGUCAAUUCUACAAGCUGUGGUCUUCCUUCUCAGAUUCCAGGCUCUCAGAUAUUGCGGCGCCGCAGCAAUGAUUCUGGCAGAACUGUCCGGCAAUGCGGCUGCUCGGUGCAUCGCAUGUGGAAGAAAAAAUCUAAACUUUGGUGAUUCGGGCAACCUUGGAUCAUCUAGAAUCGGUGGGUUUAUAGCUAUGUUCUUUGGGUUGUUUUUUUUAUCUGUGAGUUGGGACAGAAUUGAAUGCUUCCCUCUGUCGUCUGUGAAUAUUAAUAAGUUGGGAAUUUCAGCUUUUGCUAGUGGAAAUUGUGUUAGGGUUUGGCCUAUGUUGCUUCCCUUUUUGUCUGGGUUUUUGGGGUGCUACGAUCGGAUUACAAUGAACCCCACAACUUUAAGGGAAAUUGGGCAGAAGCGGGUUCGGUUGAUUUCAUUGCUGUACACUACAGUUUUGCUUUUCAUGCCUGCUGCUGUGAGUAUGGUUGUCUUCGAAGCAGAGGGCGAAAAUGUAUCUUUAUCAAAUCUUGGCUGGCCCUUGGUGAAUACAGUACUGUUUGGUGUGCUUUUGAGUGAGAACUACACAGAUGACAAACCAUUUCCAUCAAAAGAUUUUCAGAGAGAGUAUAUAGUCACUUAUGUGUGUACACUUAUCUUGGAACUGUUUUAUUUUCCUGAGCUUUCACUCUGGGGACUGUUGAUUUGUGGCUUCUUGCUCUGGAUUGCCGUCAGAAAUUUAGAUCCUUCUAAUCAUCUUGAGUUAGGGUUUGAAUCACCCGAGUCGUUGAAUGCUUCCGUUAUGAACCCACUUCGCCACAUCUUGAGGGAAAGGAAGUCCCGAAAGAUUGCUCUUUUUCUCUUGAUCAAUACAAUGUACAUGGUUGUUGAGUUUGUUGUAGGGUUUAUGAGUAAUAGUCUUGGUUUGAUAUCAGAUGCUUGCCACAUGUUGUUUGACUGUGCUGCCCUUGCUAUUGGAUUGUAUGCGUCAUACAUAUCCCGUUUGCCAGCUAAUGCCCAGUUUAACUAUGGCCGUGGGAGGUUUGAGGUUCUCUCUGGGUAUGUUAAUGCUGUUUUCCUGGUACUCGUUGGAGCUUUGAUUGUUCUCGAAUCGUUUGAGAGGAUUUUAGACCCUCAGGAGAUCUCUACUAACAGUCUGUUGUCUGUGUCUGUUGGAGGGCUCGUUGUUAACAUUGUAGGCUUGAUUUUCUUUCAUGAGGAACAUCAUCACGCUCAUGGUGGGUCCGCUUCAUGUGGACACUCACACUCCCACCAUCAUUCACAUGAUCAUAAGAAAGAACACAUUACUGUUGUCCAUGACUGUCAUGACGACUCAUGUUCUAGUCCCCAUGGUGGGCCCGCUUCAUGUGCACAACCACAUUCCCAUCAUCAUUCACAUGAUCACAAGGAAGAACAUGUUACCGUUGUACAUGACUGCCAUGAGGGCUCUUGCUCUCGCUCGCAUAGCCAUGAAAACGAUGAUUUAGGUAAUUUCGAGACUCCUGACAGACCCUUAAAGAGUGGUGAAAAAGAGAACCACCACCACCAUCACAACCACCACCACAUUGACCAUAACAUGGAAGGCAUCUUUCUGCACGUGCUAGCCGACACGAUGGGAAGUGUGGGGGUGGUGAUUUCAACACUGCUGAUCAAAUACAAAGGGUGGCUUGUUUCAGAUCCAGCCUGCUCGAUCUUCAUAUCUGUACUGAUAGUAUCCUCAGUCAUCCCCCUGCUCAGAAACUCUGCAGAAAUCCUGCUGCAAAGAGUUCCCAGAGGCCACGAACGCGACCUGAAAGAAGCCACAAGCAAUAUCAGGAAGAUGGAAGGUGUGUUUGACAUUCAGAGCCUGCAUGUUUGGAGCUUCACAAACACAGAAGUUGUUGGCACUGUUCACCUCCGCGUCUCAACUGGCACCGACAAGAUUGCUGCAAAGAACAAAGUAGCGGAUUUGUUGCGCGAUGCUGGCGUGAAGGACUUGACUAUCCAGGUGGAAUGCGUCAAGGGUAGCUAACAGAAUUGGAUCUUGACAAAAUUUCAUAGUGUUCGCUUAUAGGCACGCGGAUGAAAGUGUAAGUAGACAGACACUUCAGGCAAAUAGAAUAUGUGUUCUUGCAUAUUUUUUUGUAAUCAAAUGUGUAAUGCAUUGUUUCCCACUAUUUUUGAACAUAAGAUUAGCUUGGUACAUCAAGGAAAUGAAGAAGUUUCAUCUGU